AAUUCGAAAGUGGGAAGAAAAGUAGAAAAAAAAGAUGGGGACGAGUAUCGAUCCGAACCAGGACGGAUCGGAGGAACAACAGAAACGGUCGGAGAUAUACACGUACGAGGCGCCGUGGCACAUCUACGCCAUGAAUUGGAGCGUGCGAAGGGACAAGAAGUACCGUUUGGCCAUCGCGAGCCUGCUGGAACAGUUCCCAAACCGAGUGGAGAUCGUGCAACUUGACGACUCCAACGGCGAGAUCAGGUCCGACCCCAACCUGUCUUUCGAGCACCCCUACCCUCCCACCAAAACUAUCUUCAUCCCGGACAAGGAGUGCCAGAAGCCCGACCUGCUGGCCACCUCCGGGGACUUCCUCCGCAUCUGGUGCAUCUCUGACGGUAACGACCGCGUGGAGCUCAAGAGCCUUCUCAACGGCAAUAAGAACAGCGAGUUCUGCGGGCCCCUCACCUCCUUCGACUGGAACGAGGCGGAGCCCAAGCGCAUCGGCACCUGCAGUAUCGACACCACCUGCACUAUCUGGGACAUCGAGCGCGAGGCCGUCGACACCCAGCUCAUCGCCCACGACAAGGAGGUCUACGACAUCGCCUGGGGCGGCGUCGGCGUCUUCGCCUCCGUCUCCGCCGAUGGCUCAGUUAGGGUUUUCGACCUUCGCGACAAGGAGCACUCCACCAUUAUCUACGAGAGCUCCGAGCCCGACACCCCCCUUGUCCGCCUGGGCUGGAACAAGCAGGACCCCAGGUACAUGGCCACCAUCAUCAUGGACAGCGCCAAAGUCGUCGUCCUCGACAUACGCUUCCCUACCCUCCCCGUCGUCGAGCUGCAGAGGCACCAGGCCAGCGUCAACGCCAUCGCCUGGGCCCCGCACAGCUCUUGCCACAUCUGCACCGCCGGUGACGACUCCCAGGCCUUGAUUUGGGAUCUCUCCUCCAUGGGCCAGCCUGUCGAGGGUGGCCUCGAUCCUAUCCUCGCCUACACUGCUGGGGCCGAGAUCGAGCAGCUGCAGUGGUCCUCGUCCCAGCCCGAUUGGGUUGCCAUUGCCUUCUCCACCAAGCUUCAGAUUCUUAGGGUUUGAAGAAAUAUUUGAAUUCUUCGCAGAUUUGCUUCGAUUCGUUGGAAGUGGAUUUUUGUUCUUUUUCUUACCGACGAAUACUGACAUUUCU